CUCCCGGCGUUCAGCUGCGCAACAACAACAACACAGCAUCGGAUUUGUGCAACAGUAAUAAAAAAGAACAACCAAACAUUGUGCAACUUUCCCCAUCUUUCACAUCUCGCCAUUUGUUUUAGCGUGACAAAAAACACGAUUUUACCCUCGGCCAGAGUUUUUAGUUUAACCAGUAGCAAAAACCACCAACCAUUGAACGCUUCACAGGAGGUGCUUGGUGGUGGUGUGGGACGCAUAUGAGGGAACGGGAAGCAUCGGUACAGAUUGCAUCGUUAUCUAAUUUCUAGGCCGUGGUCGGUUUGCUUCGUCGCUUGCAUUGCAUUGCCUGUCCCUUCGCCUCAUUCGGCGACGGAGUAAGAUUGCAGUAGGACGGCCCUACGGGAAGCGCGCACAGUGUUGGUUUAGCGAUCGGGCCGUGGAGUAUGUGCGUUCGGCUGUGAAUAGUGUAGCUGGAAGUACAUCGUAACCAAUCCUAAUUGUAGUCCAUCAACGUUCAAGUCCUUUUUGCUAGUCGGUGAAAGUAGUGCUGUGAGAAGUAGGCAAUGGCAACUGGCGAAAAAGAAUCCAGCGACAAUAUGAUCUCGCUCGGAUGGAAAUUUCUCAACAAGGAAACGUUUGGCAAUGGCGAGCGUGCCAACUAUGUGAACAGUCCGCACGUGAUUGCGAUGGUCGGGCUGCCGGCCCGCGGCAAAACGUACAUCUCGAAAAAGCUGUCCCGCUACCUAAACUGGAUCGGCAUCAACACGAAGGUGUUCAAUCUGGGCGAGUACCGGCGCCAUGCGACCGACGCCUACCGCAGCCAUGAGUUUUUCCGCCCGGACAAUGAGGAAGCGAUGGCGAUCCGGCAGCACUGUGCCGAGCUGGCGCUGGAGGACGUUUGCAACUGGUUGGAAAAUGGUGGCGAAGUGGCGGUGUUUGAUGCUACAAAUUCUACCCGCGACCGGCGUCAGAUGAUACGCGAAAUUGUGGUAAAAAAGAUGGGCUACAAGCUCUUUUUCGUCGAGUCGGUCUGUGACGAUCCCAGCAUUAUCGAACAGAACAUUAUGGAAGUAAAAGUAAGUAGCCCCGACUAUCGGAACAUGAACAUGGAUGAAGCGUUGUCGGACUUCCGGCUGCGCAUCGAGCACUACCAGGAACGGUACGAGCCGCUGAGCGAGGAGCUGGAGAAGGAUCUGUCCUACAUGAAGAUCUACAACACGGGCGAAAAGGUGGUGGUGCACAAGCACGAGGGACACAUACAGUCGCGCAUCGUGUACUAUUUGAUGAACAUUCACAUUACCCCCAGAACGAUCUAUCUCACCAGACACGGAGAAAGCGAACACAACCUACAGGGACUGAUCGGUGGCGACUCCAAUCUGAGCGAACGGGGCCGCCGCUACGCGCAAGCACUUGCCAAGUACAUCGACGAGCAGCAGAUCGAAGGGCUGCGCGUGUGGACGUCCUGGCUCAAAAGGACAAUACAAACCGUCGCCGAUGUGAACGCACCGCAGGAACGCUGGAAGGCGCUGAACGAAAUCGAUGCGGGCAUUUGCGAGGAAAUGACAUACGAAGACAUUCAGCUGCGUUUCCCGGAAGAGUUUAAGGCACGCGAUCAGAACAAGUUCGCCUAUCGCUAUCCGCGCGGCGAGAGCUACGAAGAUCUGGUGGUGCGACUGGAACCGGUCAUGAUGGAGCUCGAGCGGCAAGGGAACGUGCUGGUCGUGUCACACCAGGCCGUGCUGCGCUGCGUGCUGGCAUACUUUUUGGACAAAUCUGCCGAUGAACUUCCGUACUUGAAAGUGCCUCUCCACACGAUCAUCAAGCUGACGCCGGUCGCGUACGGUUGCAAGGUGGAACACAUUAUGCUCCCAAUUCAUGCCGUCGAUACGCAUCGCGCCAAACCAGAGGCACGCUGCACACUUUGUACUGAUUUGGUAGUUCCGUUAAUAGAUUGAUUAUAAUAAUUAUAAAUUAUGUAUUUUAUUCGAAUUGCAUAAAAUAACAUGGUACUAGCAUUAACGUGCCGAAGUCGUAGUAUGAAAUCCGAAGAGAGCUGAAUUAGAUUAAAAACGUCCGAAAGUAGCAAGCUUCGUAACAAGCUUUGUCGCCUGGGAACGGGCGGCGCUAUAAAUAAGCAAGCGUUGGAUCGUGCUUUGAACAUCGUGCAAAGCAAACGCCGUAUCACUUCGUCGCCAGUGCUGCUAGCGGUAACACACGGAGUGAGUUUGUGUGGCGUGUGCCGUCCAGUGAAUUGAGGCAAGCUUUUAUCAGCUGUAAUUUCUGUUUAAGAAUACAAUUUGUCACAGUUAUCGUACCAGUGUUUUGAAAAAAGCAAUAUCAAACGUGUUAAACAGCUCGCAACAGAUGAGUUAAGGCCACUACCCUUCUCUAAUCGUGUGCGUCGAGCUAAGCGUAUCUUGCAAAGGAUGCGUCAUCACAUGUUCGUGUCAAUACCGGUAAACACCGGCCGGCGUCAUGAAGUGCGCAUGACCGAGUGCAUAUAAAUUGAGAGUGAGAACGUAAAGUGUUUAAAUUGGUUCAUUGAGAAAGAAAGUAACGUAGCAAAAACGUUUAGCGAAUUGUGCGACUUCAAACGAAAUGAUAAGCAUGUGGUGAUAGGAAUUCCCCAAUGUAAAGCAUUUUGCUUGUGUUUACUUGCCGAUUCCGGCAGACGGAGACGGUUUCAGUUAUUCUGCAGUUGUGUGAACCAACGUGACCUUGACAGCUUCGGAAUUUCCACUCCAUAGCAGUACAGUAGUGUGGUUGACAAUGUUGCGAUUAAAUUGUGAAAUUAUUCAAAUGUGAUUGAAUUUGAGUGAAGUUUGAUGGUAUGUAGCGUCAAACGAAGCAAGACAGUGUAACGUGCUGAUGCCCUGCGUGAAGGAUUACUUCUUCGAAACGGCUGUAAUCUAUUAAGCAAUUAACGUAUAAAACCAACAAGAUACGGGAUAUGGUCGCUGAUAAGGAAAAUGUAUAAAGUGAUAAGCGGUUGUGGCUGGUGCUUACCAGUAAAGUGAAUCAGUGAAUUAAAAAAAACGUGCUAAUAAGCAAUAACAUAAAAAGACAGCCGAUCAUGGAAUUGCCGGUGACGAUACGGGAGAGGAGUGUGGACAGCCGAACGGUGAUUGAAGUGAAAGGGAAGCAUAUCGUGCUAAGUGAAAUUAAAUCACGCAUAGAAACCCUCUUGGCCAACUCUACUGUUGAAGAGGUUCGUAUCUUUGCUGGCAUCAUUCUUACCAUCGAUGUGGAUCUUUCUCGCGAUGUUUGGCAUGGGCGAAAUCUGGUGGUUUUGGCGAACGAAAUCAAAGUGUGCACUGCGGUUCGUUGGAAUGUGUCUGGGAAAGAUAACGACCAUACCUACACGUCCAAUGCCGGUACGGAUGGGAACGGUGUUGGCAAACAAGGAGCCGAUGGAUAUCCGGGCGAAAGUGGAGGUAACGUUUUAUUGCAGGCAAACACAAUUCAACACCUCGAACGAUUGACGAUCAUUUCGAAUGGUGGAAGUGGAAGUAACGGUCAGAAUGGUGGCAAUGGAAAGGCGGGCGCCGACGGUAAAGGUAUCUCUAGGGCAGACUUUAAGGACAAGUUUCCGCCGACUGCCAAGUUUUUGGAGUGGCAGCGUGCUAACCUUGUAGACACUACUGUCAAAAACAUUAGAAACUUAACUCGAAACAUUAAGACACAGUGGUUAGUUACAACAAUUCCCAUAUUUCCCGUCUAUACCACUCACAGAGAAAACGUACUGGAUCACAGGGAUUGGCGUGUCGAUUUCUUUGAUAGUCUUUACAUCGAGGUGGAAACGCAUGAUGGCUGCGAGAUAACGUUUUCUUUUCAGCAAGGCACACCGUUUUACAACUGCCAAUCGUUUCUGAUGUACAAGGGAACAUCUGGCCAGCGUGGACAGGCUGGCGGAGGAUAUGGGCUGGGAGGUCAAGGGGGAUUUGCUGGCGAAGUGACAAUCAAACGUUUAUACGAUGGUCGUACGUUUGACAUUAAGACAUGCUCCAACCGGGGCAAUGAUGGAGAAAACGGAAAGGGUGGAUUGUAUGGUGCGCACGGUAAAAACGGUUGGGACAUGGGUUAUGUAGAUUACUCGGUCGCGGACAAUCCAGUGUUGUAUGGACAAGAUGAAAAGAGCAAACUUCAGCUGUCGUUCUAUGACGAAAAUUCAUCCAGCAGAAUGUAUUGUCCAUAUAAGGCUUACAUUGAAAGCAGCUAUCGAUAUGCUGGAUUCCAGGUAUCAAGAAUCGACCAUCAAUCUAGUAACGAAUUCAAGGAAAGGAACAACACCCGGGCACGUACCGAAAGACAGCAUCAUGCGAAAGCAAUAGGGAAGAAAUCCAUUCCUGGGCAGCGCCUUGCUGCUGCAUUUUUCGAAUACUUGGAAGAAAUUGAACAAGAAAGGCAGAAAUUGGAAAAACAAAGGAUCGAGAGAGAAAAGAAGGAAUUAGAACGGCUUCGAAUCGAGAAAGAAAAACAGGAAUUAAAGAAACAACGGGAAGAACUUGAAAAACAAAA